AUGCAAACACCUCCAGAUCAGACACCCUUUCCGAGAGUAUACGACGAAGCUCAGAAAUCUCGUGCUAUCUUCUUUUACAGAGAUGUAUGCGUAUUAAAGGAAAUAGAAAAAGAUGCAAACGAUAAACGAUAUGGCAAAUUAUCAAUAUUCCCUAAAGUGUGCUCUUAUGGUAAACUAUCCUUACUUCCCACAGUCCACGCAGCAAAAGCACCAGAGGCUCCAAAACGCCCCCCACCAAUGAAAUUCGAAGAUCUGCCGAUUUAUGAGAGCCCACACUAUGAGUACAAAGAUUAUAUUGAAGAUAAAAAACGUUGCCCUAGGGCCAAUGAGAAACUUCUUCAAACGUAUCUUUAUCCAUCAGUGUGCCAAUACAGAAAACGGAUGAUAGAAUCAGUCGGUGGGUUGACAAAAGAACUGUGUUUAAUGCAAAAAGAAGUGUGCAAUGAAAUAUGCAAAAAUAAAGUAAAAUUCAAGAAUUAUAUGAGGGCCGAGGAAAAUUUACUGUUACGGAAAGGUGUGGUUGCUUUAGGGACUCUCACAGGGGUGUAUCUUGGGUCCGGUACCAGAGGUGUGAUCAGAAAGUUAUUCGGUGGUACUCUGGGUGCACUAGCUGCGGGUGCACUCUGUUUUCCGAAGGAAACAGAUGAGAUAUUUAGAGAAGUAUCAUAUAAAGUUGGAAAAAUUGCAAUAUCAAUUAUCAAUGCUUGUUGUAAUGGUAAUUUUGCAAUGAGAGAACGGAUACCAUGCCAGCAGGAUUUACCAAGUCCACCUCAGCCACGGCCAGCCGACAAAUCAAAUAAACACUGUGAGCAGAAAAAGAAAUGA